UCCCAACUCCAUGACCUAAUUCCCAAACGACGCUCUCUCUCUCUCUCUCUUGUUCGGCACAUUCUCACAGGACCAUGGCGCACGGUGGCUACGGCAAGCGCAGGGUCGCCGGUCGGAAACCUAAACCGGUGGGCGCCAGUAGUAGUAGUCGAGGUUCCAAAGGACUGGGGGUCGACAAGAAAGCCAAGCCUAAGCCCAAGUCCGUCUCUAUCAAAAAUCAGAUUAGAUCCAUCGAACGUAUGCUCCGUAAGGAUCUUCCACCUGAAGUUAGAGAGGCUCAAGAAAAGAAGUUGGAAGGGUUCAAGAAACAACAGGACAUUCACAAUCGUCUUGCUGUGGAACGUAAAAUAUUUUUACGUGACAGAAAGAUAAAGUUUUUUGAGAGAAGAAAGAUUGAACGAAGAAUCAGACGCUUGGAGAAAAUGCAGCGGACUUCAUCUGGUCAGUCCCAAGAGGCAGAGGUUGCUGAGCAGCUUUCUAAGUUGAAAGAAGAUCUUGAAUAUGUUCGGUUCUUUCCUAAGACUGAGAAGUAUGUAGCGUUAUUCAUGGGAGGUGAUGAGACAGACAUGGUUGAUAGAAGAAAUAGAUUACGUAAGCAGAUCAAAGCUAACAUUAUUGCUGCUGCAGCAAGUGGGAAGGAUCUGGAAGAGACAGGAAGCGAGGAUGAUGGGCUUUUGGAUCUGAGUGAGGAUGAUUUCUUCUUAGCUGGAAGCUCCAGCGAUGAGGCUGAGGCAGAUGACGAGUGGACAGAUAGAAGUGCUAGGGAGCAAGCUUCUAGUGCUUCUGGCAAAGCGUCUGGCAUGUCCAGCGACGAAAGGAAUCAGAGGCAUAUCUCUGCUCGAGCUCUGAUGCCGCCUCCUCGGCCAUCAAGCAAGUCAUUUUCAAACCCAGUUCGCGGUAAAUCAAGGUUUGGAGGCUCAUCAAGCAAGAAACAACCCUCGCGGAUGGCUGAGAUGUCUACAUCUGGUAACACAUCGAAUAGUACAAGUGAAUCUUCCUUUAGAAACAGGGGAUUCUCAGACUCACGGACAGGGCAGAGUAAUCUGAGUUCCAAUUCUGACGCUCACAAACCCAGAAGAAAAAGAAGGCCUAAGAAGAAAAGACAACAGGCAUGAUUUCAUAAACCCUUCUGAUACAAAUCCAUGACCAACUGAAGCACUUCACAGGAUGUUGGAGAAUGAAGCACUUCACAAUUUGGUUUAACAAAUUUUAUUUUAUUUUUUUUCCGCUUUCUCCGUAAACAGAUACUCAGGAAACUGUUUGUACUCUGUACCCUUCCAUUUGAUGUUUACGCCCCUCCUGUGAAGCUGCUAGGUUUUAUCUAUAAAAUUCAUUUUGUAUUCAAUUAGGUAAAUUACAUUGUAUGAUGUUGGUAUGAUGUUUCUGUUGCAGAACUGACUUCAUGUA